CGCCUGAGCAGAGCGGCGCGAGCGCAGUGAAGGUGGUGUCGGUGGCGGCGGCAGCAGCAGCAGCUUCUUCGCGGGCCGUGUGAGCGCGAGCGCCGGCGACUGAGGGACAGGGAGGGAGCCCGGGCGGCCGAGCGCGCAGCCCUCUGCGGGCAUCGCCGCCCGGACCUCCCGGCAGGCAGCCCCGGCCCGCGGCCGCCACCCGUCCCGCCCGCGUUCGUAAUCAAUCGGGGCGCCGUCGCCGCGCAAGAUGCCCAAGAAGAAGCCGACGCCCAUCCAGCUGAACCCGGCCCCCGACGGCUCGGCGGUGAAUGGGACCAGCUCGGCCGAGACCAACCUAGAGGCCUUGCAGAAGAAGCUGGAGGAGCUGGAGCUGGAUGAGCAGCAGCGGAAGCGCCUCGAGGCUUUCCUGACACAGAAGCAGAAAGUGGGAGAGCUGAAGGACGAUGACUUUGAGAAGAUCAGCGAGCUGGGUGCCGGCAAUGGCGGCGUGGUGUUCAAGGUCUCCCACAAGCCGUCCGGCCUGGUCAUGGCCCGAAAGCUCAUCCACUUGGAGAUCAAGCCAGCCAUCCGCAACCAGAUCAUCCGAGAGCUGCAGGUGCUGCAUGAGUGUAACUCACCCUACAUUGUGGGCUUCUACGGGGCCUUCUACAGUGAUGGCGAGAUCAGCAUCUGCAUGGAGCACAUGGAUGGGGGCUCCUUGGAUCAAGUCCUGAAAAAAGCUGGAAGAAUUCCUGAGCAAAUUUUAGGAAAAGUUAGCAUUGCUGUAAUAAAAGGCCUGACCUAUCUGAGGGAGAAGCACAAGAUUAUGCACAGAGAUGUCAAGCCCUCCAACAUCCUGGUCAACUCCCGUGGGGAGAUCAAGCUCUGCGACUUCGGAGUUAGUGGGCAGCUCAUCGACUCCAUGGCCAACUCCUUCGUGGGCACCAGGUCCUACAUGUCGCCAGAAAGACUGCAGGGCACUCACUAUUCGGUGCAGUCGGACAUCUGGAGCAUGGGGCUCUCUCUGGUGGAGAUGGCGGUUGGGAGGUACCCCAUCCCCCCUCCAGACGCCAAGGAACUGGAGCUGAUGUUUGGGUGCCAUGUGGAGGGAGAUGUGGCCGAGACGCCUCCCAGGCCCAGGACCCCUGGGAGACCCCUCAGCUCCUAUGGAAUGGACAGCCGGCCUCCCAUGGCAAUUUUUGAGCUGCUGGAUUACAUAGUCAAUGAGCCACCUCCGAAACUGCCCAGUGGAGUCUUCAGUCUGGAAUUUCAGGAUUUUGUAAAUAAAUGCUUAAUAAAAAACCCUGCGGAGAGAGCCGACUUGAAGCAGCUCAUGGUUCACACUUUCAUCAAGCGGUCCGAUGCUGAGGAGGUGGACUUUGCAGGUUGGCUCUGCUCCACCAUCGGCCUUAACCAGCCCAGCACACCGACCCACGCGGCUGGCAUCUGAGGGGGGCCCAGCAGCCUCUUCAGGCGGUCCCCAAGCUCACUGCUCCGGCCUCUCCCAUGCUUGUCUCCAGACGUGCAUUUCACCUGUGACACAGGUUGCAGAUACAGCAUGUGCCAAGCUGUACUCGUGUUACUUUUAAUACAGUCUUUAUUAUCACUGUCAUUACCCCUAAGUGGAUUGGCUUUGUGCUUGGGGCUGUUUGUGUGUUGACGAUCAAACACAUGCGGCUCAGCAGUGACACUAGGUGACUGUGGUGGUUGCUGAUCCCGCUCCAUCUGGCUGGCCUAGUCCCUGGUGUCUCUGGGUUCAGGGACACCUGGUGGCACUUCCCCCUGCCAAGCGCACCUUCUCUCAGCAGAGAGGGGCCUCCGAGUCCCAUCCCUGGCAGCGCAUGUGACGCAUGCUGUGCUGCUGUGACACAAGCAUCAGGAAGUGGACAUCGUGUUAUUUUUUGCUUUUGAUGUAAAAUUCAGGAAUUUCCAUCAAAAUCUAGCCAGAGCCCCUCACUGCCAUGAAAGCUGGGGCGUCACCAGUCUGUCCACCUGGUGACCUGUAGACUUCUGGUUGUGUUUCUAUAUUUAUUUUUAAAUAUACUGUGUGGGUACUUAGUGGUGUACGUCUCUUUAGAUUUGGAUUAGUGUUUCUAAAAUAGUGGAGUUAUUUUGAAUGUCACGAAUGGAUCAAGGCAUUAAACGUGUCAGAUUUCUACCUUCUCCCCAAUCCAAAUACCAAUGCUAUUGUAAACACUGUGUAUAGUGCCUAAAAAUUGUACGAAAAUCCUUUUAAUCACUUUAAUCCAGAUGUUUAACAAAUCUAAUCUCUUAUUCUAAUAAAUAUACUGUCAAAUUUUAAAA